CUUUCUUUCUUUUUUGGGACUUGCAGGUUAAAAACACAAAUUAGGAAACAGAGCAAUAGUAGUAGACUGACACUUUUCUGCACAAAAAAGGCAAGCAAAUCAGAAAUGGGUUUAUGGGCAUGCUUAGGAGUAAUAUCACCAUUUCCAUUCUACUACUUUCUCUGGACACAUUCUCAAACAUGGGUCGAUCUGUGUGGAAAAGGACGUGACCCUUGCAAAGUUAUGGCUAUCGUUUCUCACUUUAUAAAAUUGCUACAAUUCAUAUCCCUCUUAUCCGUUUCCACACUUUCAUGGCCACCACCCUUUUAUUUUUGGCCUCUUUUCAUCUUUGGCCAGUUCCUUAAUUUCAGGGUCUACCAACUGUUGGGAGAAGCUGGCACUUACUAUGGUGUACGAUUUGGGAAGACUAUCCCUUGGGUAACAGAGUUUCCUUUUGGAGUAAUAAGAGAUCCUCAGUACGUGGGCAGCAUUUUGAGUCUGCUAGCUUGCCUCUCGUGGGUUCCUUUCUUGUAUAUUUCCUUAUGGGUACUGGGAUAUGUAUUUAUGAUACAAGUAGAAUCAAAGGAAGAUCCAGUUACUCGUGCAAAGCCGCUUGCUUGAGUUUAUAGAAGAUACAGCUGCCAACUUGAAGGAACUGGUGCUGUUUGCUUCUGCAUUCUUUAGGAGGAAUCUUUUUUAUCAGGUUCUUGUAUUAAGGGUCUCUUGAGUUCUUGAUUUCUUUUUUUAAUCAGACUUAGCAAUAUUUCGUAAGAUUCUUUAAGUUUCUUUUUCUUUUUAUUUGAGUUUUUGAGUUGGCCAACAUAAAUUUGGCCAUAACAUGUCUUUUAGGAUUAGAAAACUGGUAGCCAAUAAAGAGCAAUUUCCUUCUUU